UGCCCUUUCAAUCAUCUCCAGCUGACCAUCACCUUGACGCCAUGGACUUUGCUACAGCGAACGACUACCUCGGUGUGCUCUCGUCGGUCUUCCAGCGCCAAACCAUCAAAGACAUAUUGUACGAAGGGAUCAUGUCCACAAUGCUCUACUGGACCAUCUUUGGCUACGCCGUCUCCAGCGCCCCCCUCGCCGUGUGGAAUCUACACAAGUACAACGUCCUCCGGUCCGUCUCGUGGCAAGCGGUGGCUGGCGUGUCAACUUUGCUGUUUACCGCAGCGUGGCUCUUUGCGGACUCGACCCCCGCGGACAAGGUACAAACUUGCCCAAAGUGGUUGAACAACCAACCUGGUUAGCAUAGAUCUUUUUGGGGCUGGGGUCCAUUGCUGGUGUGUUUUGUACACAUUUGCAUUUUGAAAUCGCAGAGUUGAUUUCUGGACAUAUCGAAGCAGCCCACCAGAAGAAAGACGAAUGACGCUGCAUUGAACGUAUCAGUAGUAGCAAGUCUAACGUUACCAUUACAACACAGUCAGCUUAGAGUUAAUGUAGAAAAUCGAGUUGUAUUCAUCUAAUCCA